AUGCAACAAGUCACUGCAUUUGUGUUUUUCACUGCACAUAUUCCUUCACUGUUCAUCAUCAAUUGUCCUUCAACACUCAUUGAGGAAUUAACACUGAAUUGUGAAGUAAAAAGUAAAAAGAGAACGGAAAAAGAGAUAGUGCGAGAGACAGAUAGAUAUUCUGAGACAGAGAAAGAAAGGAAGAAAAAUAACAAUAAAAUAAAUAAUAAUGGCACUUUCAAUACAAUCAAGCUAACCCUUGUUAUUAAAUUGGGUCAUCGUUUUCAACGACAGUUCCGGCUGAGUGAGACCCAGAGACAACCUCGGAGAUUAAUUCAUGGAGCGGAAUCCAGGCGACAACCUCGAAAGCAGCGAGACAAGUUGGCUGCCGACACAGCGGAGGAUGUGGCAUGCAAUAUGACCGUCCUACAAGGUCGACUACCACAGAUCUCUACCGAUCAUGCACUAGCAUCUAAACCAUGCCAUGUUAAGCUUCAGUCACUUAAUGCACUGGCUUUCACUUGUUAUUUGUCAUAUCUGUGCCUGAAACACUACACUCCAUUGUCUUCUAGAAUCUCUUCUAUUCCAUUUGAGUUGCUUGCUACCAUUACGCAACAACCGUUCCUGGUAACUUUCCUGUAUCUCAAGGUCCCCAUUAAUGAUCUACUUUGUCUUAUUCUUAACGAGUCCCUCUUUAUCUACCAGAUGAAGGUGCUGCUUGUGCUGUCCUUGGUGGCUGUGGUCGCCUCCCCGCACGGAACACUGGGGGGUGGUGUGGGAUAUUAUGGUAGAAGACUUGGUGGUGUAGGACUUGGUGGUGUAGGACUUGGUGGUGUAGGACUUGGUGGUGUAGGACUUGGUGGUGGAGGACUUGGUGGUGUAGGACUUGGUGGUGGAGGACUUGGUGGUGUAGGAUUUGGUGGUGGAGGACUUGGUGGUGUAGGAGUUGGUGGUGUGGGAUAUUACGGUAGAAGACUUGGUGGUAUAGGACUUGGUGGUGUAGGACUUGGUGGUGUAGGACUUGGUGGUGUAGGACUUGGUGUUGUAGGACUUGGUGGUGUAGGACUUGGUGGUGUUGGACUUGGUGGUGUAGGACUUGGUGGUGUAGGAGUGCAAGGUAUUGGGUCGGCGCUGCAAUACAGCUACCAAGGAGCCCUGGUUGAUUUGUCGAGUCAAUACAGUGACUAUCACUUCUCCUGGCGCCACGACGGAGGUAAGGAAUACCCAUGGGAGCAAGCCAUCUAUUACUGCACGAGCUUGGGGCCAGGCUGGCAAGGUGUCAGCAUAGAGACCAUCUUUGAGAGCAAGAUCAUCAACAACGUCAUCGCCUACGACAAACUGAGGUACAUCUGGACCGGCGGUUACCGCAGCAACUAUGGCUGGACUUGGCUCUCUGGAAAACCAUUCAUUGGUCUCAACUGGUCUCUGACCGGACUGACUGGCCUGCCCCAGCCUGACAACCGUGAGGACUAUAAUGAGAGGUGUCUGGCCGUUCUCAACUAUUUCUACAACGACGGCAUCACCUGGCAUGACAUAGGCUGCCACCACGAGAAGGCUAUCAUCUGUGAGCGUCCAAGGGUCUAUGGCUACCACUAGUGCUGUAGUGGGACACGGGUUUAGUUUCCGUGUCGGGGUACAAUGGGACAUGGGUCUACGGAACCAUGUACAGCAACAGCGGGACUUAUCCCCCAUUUAGCGAGAAUACCAAGUUGGUAAAAGUGUGAUUAAGUGGUGAAUUUAAUAAAAUAUAAAUAUUA